AUGUCUUCUAUGCCAACAAAAGAAUUCCUCUUUAUUAACGAAUGUGGAAAAAAACAACAGUCUAAGACCAGCCCUCCAAAAGACUUGGAAAUUGAAUUUCCUCCAACAUUCGACUUUAACGAACUAGGUGACAAAUUUAAAAACGGUAAAGGAAAAAAGAAACCCCCGAACGCGUUUAUUUUGUUCAGGACAAAAUACAACGAAGCUUUACAUCGCCGCGGCCAAUUCUCGCCAAUGAAGGUUGUCUCUGGCUGGGCUCGAGAUGCCUGGAAUUUACUUCCAUUAUUUCAAAAACAGGAAUAUGAAAGAUUCGCAACGAGAGCUGCUUCUCUUUAUCAAGAAUGGGCCUUGCAUUCUCCAACUAGUCAUUCACAAAACGAUCGUAUUCGAAACAAACGUAUCCGUACUGCUAGCGGUUACGAUACUACUAAUCGACAAUCCAAUAUGCCCAUUCAGGAACCUCCCCAGUCUCCUCCUCUUCUUGCUUCACCGUCUUCUCCACAAUUGUCUGCUGAUGAAUCCGCUAAUGAAUCAGAAUCUCCGAUCUUACAGAGUUUGAAUCUUCCGGGAACUUAUCAAGCCGGUAUAUUUCAACCUGUCUUGAUACCUGUCGAAUCCGUUCUCUACGAUUUAAAUGCCGAUAUUUAUAAUAAUUUUCCCUUUUAUAACAUUGGUGACUUUGGCUUUUUUAAUUCUGUAAAUUACGAUCCAGACCUUGGCUACGGUGUCAACGAUUACGAUGUCCUCUCUGAAUUAUCGGAUUAA